AUGAUCCAGUAUGUCAUAAAAGUAUGACAGCUUUUGGCACGAUUUUUUGAUUAGUGAAAAUAAUAAAAUUUGCAAUGAACCUAACUCAACAUGUAAUAAGACGGGUGCAAAGUGCGAGCACCUACCGGGCCUAUAGCCUGAGUUGUCCGCCGCGCACGCCGCCCGGCAAGUGCGGCUGCGGCACCGGCGGCGGCCGCCAGCCCGCGCCACCGAUGGACUGCCGCCCCUCCAAGAUCCCGCCCAACCCCUGCUGCCCACAAUUCCACCAUGGCCAUGAUACCUGGAAAAAAUACAAGUACCUAUUCCUUCUCCUUCUUCCUGCAAUAAUUGCCCAUACGUUUAAUUGCUUAGGGCACUGUCCCCAUCCUAAAGGAGAGUGCCGUGAAUACGAGUAUAUGCGUAGACGCACUAAAAGGUACCCAUGGGGCGACGGUAUUAAGACUUUUUUCCAUAACGAUGAAGUUAACCACCUGCCGUCAGAAUGCACGCCCGCGCCGCUGGACUGCGAUUGAAAUGUGCCGUCGUCGGCUGGUAGAUGAAAGAAACCUGCGCCGCCAUUUCUUAAUAAUUGCCA